GAAGAUGAUCCAUAUGACCUUGAAGACCUUUGCGCAGAAAUGAGGGAAAUACAAAGAAUCAAAUACAAUUCUGAAAUUUGGGACCUGUAUUUUGAGAUGAUAUUUUCAGAAUGAGAAGUAUACAUGGUUACCUUUAUGAAUGUAGAGACAUGAGAAAACGGUUAUGAUGGCAAAAAACAAAGAGCCUCGUCCCCCAUCCUAUACUAUCAGUGUAGUUGGACUCUCUGGGACUGAAAAAGACAAAGGUAACUGUGGAGUUGGAAAGUCUUGUUUGUGCAAUAGAUUUGUACGCUCAAAAGCAGAUGAGUAUUAUCCAGAGCAUACUUCUGUGCUUAGCACCAUUGACUUUGGAGGACGAGUAGUAAACAAUGAUCACUUUUUAUACUGGGGUGACAUAACACAAAAUGGUGAAGAUGGAGUAGAAUGCAAAAUUCAUGUCAUUGAACAAACAGAGUUCAUUGAUGACCAGACUUUCUUGCCUCAUCGGAGUACGAAUUUGCAACCAUAUAUAAAACGUGCAGCUGCCUCCAAAUUGCAGUCAGCGGAAAAACUAAUGUACAUUUGCACUGAUCAACUAGGCUUAGAGCAAGACUUUGAGCAGAAGCAGAUGCCUGAAGGGAAGCUCAAUGUAGAUGGAUUUUUAUUGUGCAUUGAUGUAAGUCAGGGAUGCAAUAGGAAAUUUGAUGAUCAACUUAAAUUUGUGAACAACCUUUAUGUCCAGCUGUCGAAAUCAAAAAAACCUGUAAUAAUAGCAGCAACUAAAUGUGAUGAAUGCGUGGAUCAUUAUCUUAGAGAAGUUCAGGCAUUUGCUUCAAACAAAAAGAACCUUCUUGUAGUAGAAACAUCAGCACGAUUUAAUGUCAACAUUGAGACAUGUUUCACUGCACUAGUACAAAUGUUGGAUAAAACUCGUGGCAAGCCUAAAAUUAUUCCCUAUCUGGAUGCUUAUAAAACACAGAGACAACUUGUUGUCACAGCAACAGAUAAGUUUGAAAAACUUGUGCAGACUGUGAGAGAUUAUCAUGCAACUUGGAAAACUGUUAGUAACAAAUUAAAAAAUCAUCCUGAUUAUGAAGAGUACAUCAACUUAGAGGGAACAAGAAAGGCCAGAAAUACAUUCUCAAAACACAUAGAACAACUUAAACAGGAACAUAUAAGAAAAAGGAGAGAAGAAUAUAUAAGUACCUUACCAAGAGCUUUUAACACUCUUUUGCCAAAUCUAGAAGAGAUUGAACAUAUGAACUGGUCAGAAGCUUUGAAGUUAAUGGAGAAGAGAACAGAUUUCCAGUUAUGUUUUGUGGUGCUAGAAAAAACACCUUGGGAUGAAACUGACCAUAUAGACAAAAUUAAUGAUAGACGAAUCCCAUUUGACCUCCUAGGCACUUUAGAAGCUGAAAAAGUCUACCAGAACCAUGUACAGCAUCUAAUAUCAGAGAAAAGGAGAGUAGAAAUGAAGGAAAAAUUCAAAAAGACUUUGGAAAAAAUUCAUUUCAUUUCACCUGGACAGCCAUGGGAGGAAGUUAUGUGCUUUGUUAUGGAGGAUGAAGCCUUCAAAUAUAUCACUGAGACUGAUAGUAAGGAGGUAUAUGGUAGGCAUCAGCGAGAGAUAGUUGAAAAAGCCAAAGAAGAGUUUCAGGAAAUGCUUUUUGAGCAUUCUGAACUUUUUUAUGAUUUAGAUCUUAACGCAACACCAAGUUCAGAUAAAAUGAGCGAAAUUCAUACAGUUCUGAGUGAAGAACCUAGAUAUAAAGCUUUACAGAAACUUGCACCUGAUAGGGAAUCUCUUCUACUUAAGCAUAUCGGAUUUGUUUAUCAUCCCACUAAAGAAACAUGCCUUAGUGGCCAAAAUUGUACAGACAUUAAAGUGGAACAGUUACUUGCUAGUAGUCUUUUGCAGUUGGAUCAUGGCCGCUCACGGUUAUAUCAUGAUAGUACCAAUAUAGAUAAAGUUAACCUUUUCAUUUUAGGGAAAGAUGGACUUGCCCAAGAAUUAGCAAAUGAGAUAAGGACACAGUCCACUGAUGAUGAAUAUGCCUUAGAUGGAAAAAUUUAUGAACUUGAUCUUCGGCCAGUUGAUGCCAAAUCGCCUUAUAUUUUGAGUCAAUUAUGGACUGCUGCCUUUAAACCACAUGGGUGCUUCUGUGUAUUUAAUUCCAUUGAGUCACUGAGUUUUAUUGGGGAAUUUAUUGGAAAAAUAAGAACUGAAGCUUCCCAGAUCAGAAAAGAUAAAUAUAUGGCUAAUCUUCCAUUUACAUUAAUUCUGGCUAAUCAGAGAGAUUCCAUUAGCAAGAACCUUCCCAUUCUCAGGCACCAAGGGCAGCAAUUGGCAAACAAAUUACAGUGUCCUUUUGUAGAUGUGCCUACAGGUACAUAUCCUCGUAAAUUUAAUGAAACCCAAAUAAAGCAAGCUCUAAGAGGAGUACUGGAAUCAGUUAAACAGAAUUUAGAUGUGGUGAGCCCAGUUCCCACCAAUAAGGAUGUAUCAGAAGCUGACUUGAGAAUUGUCAUGUGUGCCAUGUGUGGUGAUCCAUUUAGUGUGGAUCUUAUUCUUUCACCAUUCCUUGAUUCUCAUUCUUGCAGUGCUGCUCAAGCUGGACAAAAUAAUUCCUUAAUGCUUGAUAAAAUUAUCGGUGAAAAAAGGAGGCGAAUACAGAUCACAAUAUUGUCAUAUCACUCUUCAAUUGGAGUAAGGAAGGAUGAACUGGUUCAUGGGUAUAUAUUAGUUUACUCUGCUAAACGGAAAGCAUCAAUGGGAAUGCUUCGAGCAUUUCUAUCAGAAGUUCAAGAUACCAUUCCUGUACAACUGGUGGCAGUUACUGACAGCCAAGCAGAUUUUUUUGAAAAUGAGGCUAUCAAGGAAUUAAUGACUGAAGGAGAACACAUUGCAACUGAGAUCACUGCUAAAUUUACAGCAUUGUAUUCUUUAUCUCAGUAUCAUCGGCAAACUGAGGUCUUUACUCUGUUUUUUAGUGAUGUUCUAGAGAAAAAAAAUAUGAUAGAAAAUUCUUACUUGUCUGAUAAUACAAGGGAGUCAACACAUCAGAGUGAAGAUGUUUUUCUACCAUCUCCCAGAGAUUGUUUUCCUUAUAACAACUACCCUGAUUCAGAUGAUGAUACAGAAGCACCACCUCCUUAUAGUCCAAUUGGGGAUGAUGUACAGUUGCUUCCAACACCUAGUGACCGUUCCAGAUACAGGUUAGAUUUGGAAGGAAAUGAAUACCCUGUUCAUAGCACUCCAAACUGUCACGAUCAUGAACGCAACCAUAAAGUGCCUCCACCUAUUAAACCUAAACCAGUUGUACCUAAGACAAAUGUGAAAAAAUUGGAUCCAAAUCUCUUAAAAACAAUUGAAGCUGGUAUUGGUAAAAAUCCAAGAAAACAGACCUCCCGGGUGCCUUUGGCACAUCCUGAAGAUAUGGAUUCUUCAGAUAACUACGCAGAACCCAUUGACACAAUUUUUAAACAGAAGGGCUAUUCUGAUGAGAUUUAUGUUGUCCCAGAUGAUAGUCAGAAUCGAAUUAUUAAAAUUCGAAACUCAUUUGUAAAUAACACACAAGGAGAUGAAGAAAAUGGAUUUUCUGAUAGAACCUCAAAAGGUCAUGGGGAACGGAGGCCUUCUAAAUAUAAAUAUAAAUCUAAAACCUUGUUUAGUAAAGCCAAGUCAUAUUAUAGAAGAACACAUUCAGAUGCAAGUGAUGAUGAGGCUUUCACUACUUCAAAAACAAAAAGAAAAGGAAGACAUCGUGGAAGUGAAGAAGAUCCACUUCUUUCUCCUGUUGAAACUUGGAAAGGUGGUAUUGAUAAUCCUGCAAUCACUUCUGACCAGGAGGUCGAUGAAAAGAAGAUGAAGAAGAAAACCCACAAAGUAAAAGAAGAUAAAAAGCAGAAAAAGAAAACUAAGAACUUCAAUCCACCAACGCGUAGAAAUUGGGAAAGUAAUUACUUUGGGAUGCCCCUCCAGGAUCUGGUUACAGCUGAGAAGCCCAUACCACUGUUUGUUGAAAAAUGUGUGGAAUUUAUUGAAGAUACAGGGUUAUGUACUGAAGGACUGUACCGUGUUAGUGGUAACAAAACUGAUCAAGACAACAUUCAAAAGCAGUUUGAUCAAGAUCAUAAUAUCAAUCUAGUCUCAAUGGAAGUAACAGUAAAUGCUGUAGCUGGAGCUCUUAAAGCUUUUUUUGCAGAUCUUCCAGAUCCUUUAAUUCCAUAUUCUCUUCAUCCAGAGCUAUUGGAAGCAGCAAAAAUCCCAGAAAAAGCAGAACGUCUUCAUGCCUUGAAAGAAAUUGUUAAGAAAUUUCAUCCUGUAAACUAUGAUGUAUUCAGAUAUGUAAUAACACAUCUAAACAGGGUUAGUCAGCAAAAUAAAAUCAACCUAAUGACAGCAGACAACUUAUCCAUCUGUUUUUGGCCAACCCUGAUGAGACCUGAUUUUGAAAAUCGAGAGUUUCUGUCUACCACUAAGAUCCAUCAAUCUGUUGUUGAAACAUUCAUUCAACAGUGUCAGUUUUUCUUUUACAAUGGAGAAAUUGUAGAUACUGGGAACACUGUGGCUCCUCCACCACCUUCAAAUCCAGGACAGUUGGUUGAAUCAAUGGUACCCCUUCAGUUACCACCACCAUUGCAACCUCAGCUGAUACAACCACAAUUACAGACGGAUCCUCUUGGUAUUAUAUAAAUAAAAAGUGAUUGCAGACAGCGUGAAAUUUGAAAAAAAGCAAGUCUACACAUGCAUGUUUCAGGGUUCAGUAGAAUAUGUUUCGUACAGAUAAUUCACAUUCAAAAUGAUGAGACAUUUUCUCUCUGAACUGUAUGGUAUUCCUCAUUCACUUACAUUACAAAUCUAAGACCAUGUGGUAAGCAUGACUGGAGAGGUUUAAUUUUUAUAAACAAAAAUAGCUAUAAAAUACAAAGCUACUGCUGCAUGCAACCUUAUUGCAAUCAGUAUAUCAUUCUUGUGGCAAUUUCUGUCACAUUAUAUUGUGAAUAAAAUUUUUCUAUAGAAAUUAAUUGAUUUAAAAACUCACAUAUAUGAAACAUAUAAUGCUUUUCAGCCUGCUUUAUGGCUGGUUUUGUUAUUUGAUGUGCUAAUUUGGACAACUUAAUUUACAUUCUAGCAGUCUGCAUAGAUAACUAAAAGCCCAGUUAAGUAUUUCUUAAUUUCAGGCUACUUAAUGCCAUGCUUGGGAUGUUGUUUAAAAGAAAGAAAAAUUAUACAGCAUAUUUCACAUUUCUACACCUUCAUCAUUAAUUCUGAGUAAACCUGUGGAUGAUUUGAUGAGGGAUAAAUGAACCUAUUUCUUUUAUGAACAUACCAAGGACAUGUUUGUGGCUAAAGUGAGUUGAUAAUGUUGUGCAAAGGAUAGUUGUCACCAACUCAUUUCUUUAUGGUCCAUAAUGAAAUAAACAUUUUGUAUACGGUUAAUUCUGUAAACAGAUGCAUGUUCAAAAGAUCUAUGAUGGUCUUGUAAUCUUAAUCUAAUAUAUUUUAGAUAUUUUAAUUUUUCCCUCUUGGGGAAUACAUUUAGUAUAGUGUAGAGAAAUACUUCAUGACAUUUUCAUAUAAGGUUAUAUAACUUUUCAUAAACAUGAAAUUUGUUGUAGAAAAUUCUUUAAACCAAACAUUUUAAUCUAGGACUUCAAUUUAAUCUGUUCCUUGAAUCUAUUUUUAUGUGGCCCUUAGAAACAUAUCCAAAAAAUCCAUUGCUAAUAUAGCAAUAAAAAUACUUUGGGUACUGACAGACUCCUUGGAGUGUGUGUAUAUAAAAUUACAAACUUGUAUUCAUAUUCUUUUCUGUGAUGUGUUGUACUAAAAUCCAAAAUGGCUUUUACACCAUUUUUUAAACCAAUUUUUUCCUUUCAUGUUGGUACCAGAGUUGCUAUAAAUCACUGCUGCUUUUGGGGUUAAAUAUUUUGUUAGUGAAGAUACAACCAGAGCACUAAAUUAUGGAAAAAAAUUUGGAAUAGAUGGCACAGGUAAAUUUUGUUAGGCUUUAUUCAAAAUUCUUUAUCAAACCAUACCAUUUUUUUUUCUGAAAAAAGGAAAUGGUUUGUAUUUCAUUGCUACAUCAUAUUUUAUGUAGUAAAGAAUAAAUUUUUUUGGUCAAUGUUGUAAUCUUCAUCCAUACUGCAAUUUUAAGGUUAUCUUACAUGUGUGAUAGUAAAUAGAUGAUUUUGAGAUUCAAGGCUCCUAAGAGUUUGAUUUGCUCCAUUUUUUCUAAAAUAUUCUUUCCUAACUGUUAUGUCCUAGGCAUUGUACUUCCAAUUUUAACUUCAGAACCAAGAUGUUGACAUGAACCAGGCUGCUGAAGUACAUGUAUAUUAUAAAUUAUCUUAUUUGUGUUAUACUCUUACAUGUUAUUAUCUUUUCUAAGAAAACAAAGUCCCUAUUAUUCCUAUUGCAAAGCACACAGGAAUUAAGAAAGUACAGUAAUUUUUAAAAAAAAAAAUCCGGUAAAUGUAGUAUUCUUAACUUGUUCUAUAUUACUUAUACCUAUUGUCUAUAUAGCUUUAAUUUAUAGCUGUCAGUUUAACAUUGGCAUGUCUGGCAAAGAAAAUUAAACUUUAAGAGUUUUAUAAACUGUUUCUAGGUUGCUAAAGAAUUUAUUUUUCUACUAUAUAUGGUAUAGACAAAGCAUCAAACUAUGUACAGGAAAAAAGCCUGACUAUUUCUAUUGGAAGUAGGCUGAAAAGAAUUUUCAGAACUGUUCGUGUCUGGUCCAUUCUGUCAUAACUUUGCUAUUGUAAUAUGUGAAUCCCAGUUUAUUUAAGCUAUUCUCUUUUAUACUGUGUUAAUUUAACAUUCAUCUGCAUUUAGUAUCAUUUUUGUUAUUAAAAUUAGCAUUUACCAUUUUUCAUAUGAACUCCCUUACACCUUUCCCAAAUCUUAUCUCUACUUUUCUAUGCAUUUCUAUUGUUGAUUUGACUCACUUCAUAGUGAGUCAUUUUAAAUAUUCUACAUUUGGUUCAAUCAACCAGUAGGUUACAGUUUUUGAAAAUUAAAGUACGGUUUAAAGCUCAGUCUGUUACACUGAAUUGAUUGUGUUUGUUUUUGCCAAGGGUUUAGAUAUGUUUUAAAUAUUAGCAAAAUAAUUCUAAAGACAAAAUAACAAAUUAACCUUUCUUCUGGUAAGUUACUAGAAGAUUUCACUGUUUAGGGACGUAUCAUAUAUGAGACUUCUUAAAGGAUUUAAAGAAUAGUAGAUAGUCUCAUUAUUAUGGGUAAAUAUUAAGACAUUAUAUUUUAAAAUAUGAAAUAAAAUUCCAUCUACACAUGUUGCCAUUGUUUCAUUUAAAGUUCAAUGCUUAACAGUUACUACAAUAUUGGAUUUAACAGUAUCUAGAUUAGCAAUAUAAAGAAGCAUAGUGGUACUCUAUUUCAAACUUCCAGUAGAUUUUUUAGAAGUCAGGUACUAUUCACAGAUACUUAUUAGAAUAUACAAAUAAUUUUAGAACAAAAUUCCAGACACACAACAUAUUUCUGUUUCAAAUGGUAUUUAGUAGUACUUUUUUCCCCCUUAACAUUUACAAUGUAAAUACUGUAGGUAACAGCAAUCUAACUUAGCCAAAAAGCAGCUUUUAUUUUCCAUACCAAAUGUAAAUAAUGUAGACUUUUUUUUUGGUUUUUUUGUUUUUUGUUUGUUUGUUUGUUUUGAGGUACUGGAAUCUAAUUUCUAAUAUCUCUUAGAUAAAAAGGGAUUGAUUGGAAUAAGAACUUAGGCCUUAGCUUCCAUGGUGAAUUUUAGUUUUUUAUACAGUAAUAAUUGUGAUGCUAUUUGUCAACUGGAUAUAAAUAUAUAUAUGAUUUUAAAAAGUCAAAGUGGUUUGUUUCUUUGUUUAUAAUUAAUGUAAUUUUGUGCUUCACCAGAGGAUGCUGCAGUAAAUUAAGUAUCAGUAAAGCUUCUGAUGUACAAAGAGUGCUAUAAAUAAAACAUUAAGAAGCUGUGUAAUUCUAAGUUAUAGUUGCCUCUAUUUUUACCAUUUUGUUGGUAAAAGUCAACUAAUUUUUUCAAGUAAAAUAUGAAAAAUAAAUUGACAUUAAUAUGAAAUUUUUAUUAGGAAGAUGUAUUACUGCACUUCCCCUGUAUCAUAAAAGGAGAUCUAAAAUUCAUGUAUACAGAUGAAAAUUGGAUUUUAAAAAUGGUCAGGGAAAUGAGAUUAUGUAUAGAUUUCUAAAAUUCAAAUAUUACCUGAAUUUUGAGCUGUGGCUAGACUUUCUUGAGCCACUGGAAAUAUUUUGAAGUGUAUCCUAGUUAUGGCAGAGAUGUUAAAAUUAAAGGAUAACAAUAUUUUUGUUUUCGUGGUUUGGAAAUAUUAAGCCAAACCUUAAUAGUGUAUAAUGUCAGAUUCUAUGGAUCUGGUGAGGUCUGUUUGACUUGAAUCUUUGUAUUUAUCUUGAAUUUAAUUGUUUUAGUUAAGCAGUUUAAUUCUUAGGCUGCAUAACUUCUUUCUUGUUUCAGUACAUUUGGGACAUGUUUAGUUUUUUAUUGUAUUUAAAUUCUUGAAAUUCUUAGCCUUUUGGGUGAUUAUAUCUGAAAAUAAAAUUUGCUAAGUUUGAAUAAGGGAAGAAGCUACUCUUUAAAAUCAUUUUCUUAUGGUAGCAUUGUUUUAUACUUGAAAAGAUUAUAAGCAUUAAUACCUCAUAUUCCAACAUCUUGUCAUUUGAUAUGAUCCAAGUACUAGUCUUUAUAAAGUAGUUCAAGUCUAACUAGUGAACUUUGAGAAUCUUCACCAUUCAGUUGAACCUCAUCAUUAUUCUACAUGCAAGAUUCACUUCACUUACAUAUAAACAUGCUAUUUUUAUUUUUGUCAGGAGGAAGAAGAUAGGAAGAGCAAUGACAUCUAAUAUUGUUCACAACUUAAUUAAAAGUUAUAAGGUUAGUGUUCUGUGGAAAUUUUGAAGGCAGUGGGGGUGAUUUUUGAAAAGCCAGUCAAUAGUCAAUAAAAAAUUUUAUUAAUAAAUAUAUUACCCUUAAAAUUAAUAUAAUCCUGACAGUUAUGGUUUGUUAUAUUUACCUGUAAUUAGGAGUAUUAAGACCUGCAAUAUAUGCACUUUGUAAGUAGCUGUUUAAGAAUUUUUACUUGAAACAUUUUUACUUGAUUUAUUCCCACAGUGUAGACUUUCUGUUUUGAUUUUAUUCUCUCAACUGGAAAGUUAUUUUGAGCAAUUUAGUAAUGGUCCUUCAGUCCUGAUAGUUUGCCAGGUAUUUAGUUUAAAUUUUCAGUUUUAACUUUUUUCAAACUUAUUUCUAUAUUGUUUUAUAUCAGUAUGAAUGAUGUAGGUUUAGCAAUUGACCUUUUGUUUAUUACUUCACUAUUCACCCAAAUUAGUUUUAAUUGUGUCUGUAUUCUUCAUUAGAUAAUUUUUUCUUGUGUCCUUGAAUUGUGAAUGUUUUGUCCUGUUUAGUGUUUUCCACGUUCUUGCUGUAAGUUCUGAAAAUAUUUUACCAACUUUCCAUGUGUGGCUCUUAGUUUCCUUUUACUCCAGAUUCUUGGUAUUCUAUUUUAUUUGUUUUAUUUUCCUCAAUUCAUGUGUUUAAAGAAGCAGAAUUAUUAUAACAUUUAAUUCCAUAUAAUAAGUGAAAUCAGAAACAAGCACAGUCAUACGUAUAGAACUCAUUUUUAAGUGUAUAGAUGAGGUGAUUUUUUUUAUUUAUUAGUGCAUUGUAUUUACACAUAGUAAUUGUUCAUUUUAAACAAAAUCAUCCAUUCAUAGAAUUUGCUUUAUUCCAUUUCAGUCCCUGGUUCUACUACAUUUCCCAAUUCUCCCUCCCUCCCUCUGUUUUUCCUCUGCUCUUCAUCCUUUCACUUGUUUGUUUUUUGUUGGUGCUUUAUCAAUCUACAUAAAGGGUGAAUUCAUUGUGGUAUACUUAUACAUGCACAUAAUAUGAUUUUGUUGAAUUCAUUCUGUAUUUUCUCCCCUCACCCAUCUCUCCUUCCUCUCUCUUCUCUCAGUCUCCUUCACUAAUCAUCUGUAUAUCUUUAUGAUAUCUGAUCCCACCCUACUCUCAUUUUGCUCUAGCUUUCCACAUGAGUGAAAAUAUUGAACCCUUGAUUUUCUGAUUCUUUUUUCACUUAGCAUGGUUUUUCUAGUUUCAUCUGUUUACCAGCAAAUGCCUUAAUUCCACUCUUUUUUAUGGCUAAGUAAACUAUAUUUUGUAUAUAUACUUCAUUUUUAAUCCUUUCAUUUAUUGAUGGUCACCUGGGCUGGUGUCAUAAUUUGGCUGUUGUGAAUUGUGCUGCUAUAAACAUUGUGGCUAUAUCUCUGUAGCAUGCUGAUUUUAAUUCUUUUGGAUAAAUACCAAGGAGUGGAAUAAGCUGGGUCUGUCUGAUUUCCAUUUCCAGUUUUUUGAGGACUCUUCACACUGCUUUCCAGAGUAAUUACACUAAUUUGGAAUUACCCCAACAAUGUAUAUGUGUGAUUUUCCCCCCACAUUCUUGCCAGUUUUUAUUAUUUGCAUUGAUAAUUCUUUUCUGACUAGAGUGAGAUUAAACAGUAUAGUUUUGAUCUGCAUUUAGAUGUUAAACAUUUUUUCAUGUAUUUGGCCAUUUGUGUUUCUUUUGAGAAGUGUCUAUUUAGUUAUUUUGCCCAUUUAUUGAUUGGGUUAUUUGGUUUUUGGGUGGUAACCUUUUUGAGUUCUUAUGGACAUUAAUCCCCUAUCAAAAGAGUAGCUAGCAGAGAUUUUUUUUUCCCAUUUCUGCAGACACUUCCUCAUGCUCUUAAUAAUUUCUUUUGCUGUGCAUAGCUUUCUAAUUUGAUGCCAUCCCACUUACUGAUUCCUGGUUUUUCUUCUUGAGCCUUAGCGGUCUUGUUAAGGAAGUCAGUUCCUGCAUGAAUAUGAUGGAGUUUUGAUCCUAUGUUUUUUAACAGUUGCAAAGUAUAUGACCUAAUUCCUAAGUUUUUGAUAAAGUUUGAUUUGACUUUUGUGUAGGGUGAGAGACAGGAGUCUAGUUUCAUUCUUCUACAUAUGGAUAUCCAGUUUUCCUAGCACCAUUUGUUAAAAAAGCUAUCUUAAAACAUAAUAGUUAUAAACUAAUUAUUUGAGAGAAUAUAGUCUUUAGAUAUCUUCUCAGAUUUACUUCUUGGAAAUUUCAUUUCUAGAUUUUACAUUUGUUGGUAAUCAGACAAUAGUUGUGAAUGUUUUGGUAUUAUAGUAUUUGAAGUGAGCAAAACUAUUAGUAGCAAUGUACUUUUAAAAUACAAAUGAAAAUCUGUUUCACCCAGUACUUUAAUUAAAAAAUGACUGUUGGAUUACCCUAAAGUCCAUUUUAAGUAUUAUUUUUGUGGUAUAGAUCAGGAGUUAGCAAACUUGUUCUGGGAAAGGACAGUAAGUAUAUUAUACUUUGCAAAUCAUACAAUCAUUAUGGAGCUAUUCAGCUCUGUUGUUGUAGUUUUGCCAUUAGCCAUAAACAAUACAGAAGUGAAUGAACAUGAAUGUGUUCCAAUAAAAUUGAGUUUGGCCCACAAA